CAUCAACACCGGUAGUAACUCUGCAUUUAAGUUGCAAAGUCUGAAAAAUUAUAGAUUUUGAAAACAAUCAGAAUAACCUUCAAAUAAGAAAGGAAUUUAUUACAAUAUUAUUGAAACAAAUGUCUGACCUCGUGUGGAGUAUUAAAAAUGGCGAACUUGAUCAAGUUCAAGCUUUAAUUAGCGAAAAGUCUAUAGACAUCAAUUCGGAAUUAAACGGGAGGUAUCCUUUGCACUACGCUGCUGAUUACGGUCAAUACGAUGUGCUAGAUUUCCUUAUAGGCAUGGGUGCAAAAGUCAAUGUGACAGACAAGCAUGAAAUUACACCGCUAUUAGCUGCGAUUUGGGAGGGACAUACAAAAUGUGUUCAGUUGCUUAUAGAAAAGGGUGCAGAUAAAGGAGGUAAAACUCCAGAUGGAAGCAAAUAUUUAGACGUAGCUGAAAAGGAAGAAAUUCGAAAGCUUUUAUUAUAACUUAAUCGGAUUUUGUGUCAUUAUGCUUUUAGCUAUUAUUUUUUGAUUUAUUUAUAAUCCACAUAUGUGUAUUAUGAAGCAUAAUAAAUAUACCUUAGGGAUUGCAUUUA